AUGAAGUUUUCAACUCCGGUGGGCGCAUCGAACAACACAUUGACCAAUUCAACCCAAGGCGAUGAAGAAUUGAGUACGGGAGAAGUUGUUAUUCAAGAGCAAGAGGGGUCUAAGGGCGACAAAGUUAUCGACGUCAUUGUGAUGAGUAAGGAUGAGUUGGAAUUGAGACACGAGGCAAAGAAAGUGGGGUUCGUAACCAAAGUCAGGAACACGAAUUUCGACAAGAUGCAGAAGGAAUCAAAGAUACCUGUUAAUCAAUUUCUUCACUGCACACGAGAGGGUUAUCGGGAAUCUCGGGUUAAGGCAGCAACUCGGACAAACAGAAUAACAGCCACGAGAUGCAGAGUAAGGAUGUAUGUUAUGCUGGACAGGGAGAAGGAAUGUUGGGUUGUGUAUAGGUUAGAAUUGAGGCAUUCUCACCCCUGUUUGGCUAAGAAAGCUGUCCGCUAUCAUGAGUAUAGGGAGUUGACCAUGCAUGCUAAGUGCGUCAUUACGGAUAACAAUGAGGCUGACAUAAGACCCAACAAGACGUAUCUAGUACUGUCAAACGAGGAGAUCAAUCCCAGCUUCUUUUAUACCAUAGAUGUUGACGAUGCUAAUAAAUUUAAGAGUGCACUCUGGGUAGAUACAAGGCAUGGUCUACCGUUUGCAUCAUUUGUCAGUGUAAACCACCAUGAGAAGUCUACUCUUUUUGGCUGUGCUUUACUUGGGAGCGAGGAGAUCCCUAAUUUUGAGUGGGUGUUCACGCAGUGGGUGAGAUGCAUCAGGACUACGCUAAGGGGGCUCAUCACUGACCAGUGCAAGGCAAUGACUGGUGCUAUUAGGAAGGUCCUAUCCGAUAUUGUCCACCGAUGUGCUUUGGAAGCUGUCAUCAUGUUUUGUCUAAGCGACACUCUUAUGUUUUUUUUUUUGGGCAGACCUUAUGCGAAUCGAUGGAAGUGGGUUCCAAUAUUCUUCAAGAGUGAAUUUUGGGCCAGCAUGAGGAGUACACAGUGGAGUGAAAGUAUGCAUGCAUUUUACGGGGGCUUUCUGCAUUGCAAGAGUAGGUUGGUUCAGUUCGUCCAUGAAUACGACAAUGUGCUUGGAAACAAAGAGCAGAAGGAGUUGGAAGAUGAUGCUGCGGACUCGAAAGGAGUCAUCCCAUGUAUAGGGAGCACAGCCAUUGAGAGACAGUUUUACCAGGAAUACACCAGUAAUAUGUUCAACCACACGGGGUCAACCAUAACUACCUAG